AAACAAUCGUAGGAUCUCUCCCUCUCUCUUGCUCUCUCCAUAUUCUGAGUUUUGCUAUAAAUAUAAGUAUUUAUUUUGUCGACUUCUUACGAAGCAAACAAAUUAUCAUAUGGAGAGGCAAAUUAUAACCAAAAGAAAACGAGUUUCUUCUCUCAAAGAAAAGAAGAACUUGAAGGCAGUCUUUGCGAGAAGAUACGCUAGUCACUUGGUUCCAGCUCUUAAGAAGAUCAACAUGAACAAAUGCUCUUCACAAAUCAACAGCAAAAGUUUCGAGCAAACCGUGAAACAUGAAGUAGACAUGGCUUUGGCUUUGUCUGCUCAAGAAUUUGCGUGGAGCCGUUUCUUGCAACACAAUCUAUUAUCUUCCCCUCAUGAAGAUCCUAGUUACUCGUCCAUGAUUCUAGAAAGAUCUAGUCAUAAACAAGACGGCAAAGAAGAAGGAGCAGAGAUAAAGAAGAAACUGAAGGAAUUGCAAAAGCUUUUGCCAGGAGGAGAAGAGAUGAAUAUGGAGGAUAUGUUGAGUGAGGUCGGAAGCUACAUUGUAUGCCUUGAGUUGCAGAUGAUUGUUUUAAAAUCACUUGUUCAAGAUAAUAUUUCUUGA